CCUGUGCGUUUCUGCUCUGCUGUUUCUGUGUGCCCUGCCGUGAUCGUCUAUGCUGUGCUUCUUCCUUUGCCAUUACCGUCGUCAUCGCCAUUGCCAUUGCUUUUGCUGUACUGAUUUAACCUGGAUUCGUGAGUACUAACAUUCACAUGCACGUGCUUUUUGUUUAUGCUCAGUUUCUGAGUGAAGCGGCCAUUCCAGUUUUUAGGCCUCACCGCACACAAAGUGUCAUCGAACGUCCUGCAACGGGGUUGGACAUUUUUUCAGAGGGAAUGAAUAAUUGUUUAAUUUCAAUAUAACCACAGAAAGGUUUUUUUUCCUUUUGGGAAAGUGAAGUUUUUUUCUUUUUUGUUUUAGUUUUUUCCUUCCAAAUUUUCAUGCCUAUGUGAUUUGUUUUAUUUUAUUCUAAGAUACAUUUAUCUUUUAUUUAAUGUUGUAAAUAAAUACUUGUGAAUAUUUUUGCAAUCAAAAUACAGUUGUGGUGGUCUUUAUAAGAAUAGCCAAGAGUAUUACAAAUAUACAUUUAUUAAGUAACAUAUAAAACAAGUUGUAUUUCCCUACAACGAGCCCAGGCCCAGUCUCAUUGUAUUAACCACUCUAGCUUUAUUUUCUAACUACAUGAGACCUGGGUUACAUAAAAUGGAGGCACCGCUGGGAUAAUUUUUUAACAUAUAUGGAAAUUUAUAAACAUAGAGUACAAGCCACUAGACCCCACAACUUUAGAGCAGUAGUAUAGAGCAUUUGUAUAAAAAUAACGUGCUAACAGUAACUAAAAGCAAUUUAAGUAAAGUACAGCAUGGCAAGUCAAACAAGUAGUCCAUCACAACGUGAGCUAAUUAACUGGUGCAAAGGAGAAUCAUUAGAUUUAAAGCAUGCGCUCCUUUUACAUGGAGUGCCAGAAGGUGUUUCAAGAGAAGAUAUUGAAGAAACAGCAGGGACCAUCAAAGCAUUGGGAAAAGUUAGAGUGAGAGGCAAAAUGUUUCACCCUCAACAACAAUCAGUAAUGGUGUUAUGUGAGUGUCGUGAAGAGAUUGACCCCUCUAAAAUCCCACCUGAGAUAAUGCCUAUAAGUGAAGGAAGUGGUUGGAAAACUGUCUAUUACACAGAGCCUCAGCUUGAUAACUUUGAAGAGAAGCUACUUACCUUUUUGCAGAGCGAAGGGAGAACCUUAGAUGACUUACCAGGUUUAUGUUCACUCACCAAAGAGGGUAACAGCAACCCUGAAGACAUCAUCCGUGCGGUCGGUGAUGUUAUGAGCAGAACAAACAAACAACAUGACAGUCACCCAUACAGACGUCUGCGGACAUUCUCUGGGGUCAGUCCCACCCCAACUGGAGAAGAGACCUUAGAUAACUGGCUGGAACAAGCAACAUUCUUAGUAGAGGAAGGUGAGUGCUCCGACAAAGAAAAACGGCGUCGGAUACUGGAGAGUCUUAAAGGGCCAGCCUUUGAAAUCAUUCAAGCUGUGCGCCUGACUCAACCUGAUGCUAGCCCAAGUGAGUACAUAAAGGCUAUAGAAAGCAUUUUUGGCACAGUAGAGUCCCCAGAAGAACUAUACUUGUCGUUUAGAGCCCUCCACCAACAGUCUGGUGAGCGUCUGUCUGAGUUCCUACGAAGAGUAGAAAAAUCUCUUGUCAAAGUAGUACAGGGAGGUGGUUUACCUGUAAGCGCUGCCAAUAGCGCUCGUUUAGAGCAGCUUCUUAGAGGGUCUACCUCUGAACUCAUGUUGCUUCAGUUGAAAAUUAGGGAGCGGAGUAGUGAUCCCCCUACAUUCUUGAACCUGUUAAGAGAAGUGAUGGAAGAGGAGGUUCGCCAGUUAGCCAAACAAAGCCAUUUGUCACACAUGCGUCCUCAGCGUGUACGCACUGUCCAAGCUGAAAAGGAGAAAGAACUUGAAUCAGUCUCUAGGAGUGAACUGCAAGCUCAGAUUCGAGAAUUGAGAGCGCAGCUAGAGCAGAGAAGCAACUUACAACCUCAGCCAAUCUCUGAUGAAUCUUUUACAGGUCUGAAAGAGAAACAAAAACAGAAAAAUGAGUCACAGAGUGAAUUGCAAUCGCUAAGGAAACAAGUGAAAGCCCUAGAAAAUAAAAUGAGUGUAAUGGCAGUGAAAUACACAUCAGAUCCCCCACGAGAACACACACCUCAGCCUCACCGAUACAAAUCAGCUCCAGUUCACAAGCCCGCUCAUUCCAAAGUUUUUCCUCCCCGACAAGACAAGGAUGAGUUUUUCUGUUAUCGGUGUGGGGAAAAUGGCCACAUAGCCACCAGAUGUACUGCCCCUGAGAAUCUCCAGAAAGUUAUUAGAAAGCUUAUACGCUUGGUGCGAGUUUCCCCUUUACCAAACAAAGAGAACCCAAAUCCUGCAGCUGAAGAGCAGCAUGUAGCUAGAACCAAUAAGGUUAAAGUCCCAGAACCUAACACUGACUUACCUGAAGGUCUUGUAGGUCCAUCAUUUAUUCACACCAUCAAAGUUAAUGAUGUGGUCUGCAAUGCUCUCAUCGACAGUGGGUCUAACGUGACUAUUAUUUUUGAAAGCUGGUAUAACGAACACUUACCUGAUGUCCCGAUAAAACCCCUCUCUGGUCUUGGACUCUGGGGCCUUUCAGAUACUGAGUUUCCUUACAAAGGAUAUGUUGUGGUUGAGAUGGAGUUCACUGAAGAGAUCACUGGUGUAUCGGGACGAGUAGAAGUGCUUGCUUUAAUCUGCCCUGAGCCAAGAAAUCAGCAACAAACCCCUGUAUUGGUUGGCACCAAUACAUCUCUGUUUCGCCGCUUAUGGGAGCUGGUGAAGACAAAAGGUGACGAGAACAUUGUGCACUCAAUGAGGAUUCAGUCUGUUUACGCACCUGUCAAAGCACAAGAGCAGUUUGCAAAAGAUGAAGUCUUGGGACAGAUAAAGUGGAAAGGACCUGGUUUACUCUCCAUUGCUCCAGGUGUAAAGUACUAUGCAACAUGUAAAGUGGAAAGACACAGUGCCCCAUCCAAAGACCUUGUACUGAUUGAUGCACCCACUGAACAGUUGCUCCCCGCCGGUCUGCUGGUACAGCCUGGUGUGCUCUCAGAUGCCAGCAUAGACAAUAACAGUUUCACUGUCCUCAUUCAGAAUGAGUCCAAAAGGACAACUUCCAUCCCAGUUGGGACCAUCGUUGCUGAGAUGUAUGCUGUGGACACAGUUACCUCAGUUCGGCUUUCCGACCUCCCAGCUGAAACCCUAGACCCAAGUCUUUUCAAUUUCGGGGACUCUCACAUUCCCGAAGAGUGGAAAAGUCGGUUUCAGCAGAAGUUGGCUGAGAGGCGGAAUGUUUUCUCACUGCAUGAGUGGGAUGUUGGUCGCGCCAAGGGUGUUGAACACCACAUACGCCUGCAUGACCCCAGACCCUUCAGGGAGAGGUCAAGGAGAAUAGCCCCUGCCGACAUAGACGACGUGCGGCGACACAUACAACAACUACUGGCCACUGGCAUUAUCACGGAGUCCCGUAGCCCGUACGCCUCACCAAUCGUUGUAGUCCGCAAAAAGAAUGGGAAGAUAAGAAUCUGUAUUGAUUACAGAACACUGAAUAACCGCACCACACCAGAUCAGUAUACAAUGCCACGCAUUGACGACGCCUUGGAUUCUCUAUCAGGCAGCCAAUGGUUUUCAGUUCUGGAUUUGCGCAGUGGUUACUACCAGAUAGAGAUGGCUCCCGAGGACAAAGAGAAGACAGCGUUCAUUUGCCCUCUAGGUUUCUAUCAAUUUGAGCGCAUGCCACAAGGAAUCACAGGAGCGCCAGCAACAUUUCAGCGCUUAAUGGAAAAGGCUGUAGGCGAUAUGCAUCUUCUGGAAGCUCUCGUGUACUUAGAUGAUAUCAUCAUUUUCAGCAAGACACUUGAGGAGCACGAGCAACGUCUUCUCAAGGUGUUGGACAGACUAGAGGAGGUCGGAUUGAAGGUUUCUAUUGACAAAUGCCAAUUCUGUCAGCCGGAGGUUCAUUGCAAACUACUCUGCCAUUGUCCGUCCCCUCUCCGAGCUUACCAAGGGUUACGCCCCCACUUGGCAAGACCCCAAGACUAACAAAAUGUUGACCCAAGCAAAGUCUAUUUCAAGCCAUCAGAGCCGUUCGGAGAACGGUGGACUAAAACCUGCCAGGACGCUUUUGACCGUAUUCGUGAAUGUUUGAUCAAUGCCCCAGUGCUAGCUUUCGCUGACCCCACAAAACUGUA